GGUUUUAAGAGUCAGACUCUAAUUUGAGGUCAGGCCUGGAUGAUGAAAUUCUGCUGGCACACUAUUUUGGCUAUGGGUUGCCUUUACUUGGUAGAUACAUUAGCAGGAGAUCCAGAGGUUCUGCAAGCAGAUGCUGAAACAUACUAUGGAGAACUAGUGAGGAAAUCAUCGUCCAUUCCUGAUGUUUUUUCAACCCCUGGAGGAGAAGAGGUUAAACUGGAAGAAUCCUGUGUGUGUUUUGUCCCUCUCUACCGAAAUAAUCCUACUUGCAAAAUGUUGCUGUUAACUGAUCCAAAGGAUAAAGAGACAGUUUUGGCAGUUUAUUUGAACCAGUGUUGGUGGCCUGUUGAAGAUGUAGUAAAGACAGCUGAUCCUUCUAGAGAUGGCCUCAUUUCGGUCCAGACAUUUGGAGAAAGGAUUGUCCUCUUUGUUCUGAACUACAUUAUCUUUGGAAUGCUGGAAGGGAGUUCAGCUAAUGAUGCAUUCUUUCUACCUCACUCUGCCACCGAGUGUGCCAAGAUACUCUGGAGAAAUGGUGAGGCUGUUGCCUUCUACUCGGUCAAGAUGAAAGGGAGCCUGUGUGAUGGUACAACCAGUCAGUGUUAUUUGCUGCCAGUUUUGGAUACUAUAUUUGUCCGGAGAAAGUACAGAAGAAGUGGCCUAGGGAUGAAAAUGCUGGAUGAUUUCUGUCAGUCUUUCGUGGCUGAGGAUGCCUUGGGGAUCAGCUGCCCUAUUUCUGCUGCCAUGUAUCAAGUUUGCCAGAAAUUCUUGCAGACUUAUCCUGAGGAGCAGAAGCGACUGUGGGAGGUGGAAGCACCAGGAGAUUGGAGCCAGCGAGUGAAUAUCUGGUUAAAAAUUCAGAUGGAGUCAUCCUCUUCAGGAAGGCGUUGAAUACAUUCCUGGUGUUGGGAAAGUGGCAGGAGAUGCCACAGAGAAAAAGAUGACUCAGCAGCAGCAGCAGGGACUCUGAACUCACAGGAUCCUGAACAAGAGGACUUAGAACAAGGUGCAGGCAAUACUCAGCAAUGAAAAGGAUUCUGAAAACAGAGCAGGCCUUGGGCGCUUAGUUGGAGAUAAGGCCACCAAAUAAUUCAGAAUUAUACCCUAAUUGCACUUUUGAAACUCAGCAAAAUCUCAGUAUGGCCUUAAAAAUUGUAAUUGACUGUUCACGAUUUGUAACACUGGAGAGAUUUCUUCAGGUAAGACACAAUUUGCUUGCAAGACACAUGUUCUUCAUCUUGUGUUUUGUUUUAAAUAAAGCUUUUGUUUGC